CGCCGCCAUAAGGGUAAAUACAAUUUCUUUUUUUUUGAAGAAGGUAAAAAAUCAAUAUCAAAUUUAAUUUUUGCCUUCUGGAAAAAGAAAUAACUGUUUGGUAGCUUCAAUACCUGAUUUAGGAUGUUUUUAAUUUGUAAUUUUUUGACAUUUUUUUUCCUUCCUUUUGCCAACGAAAAUUGCCCUCCGAAGACAAACAGAUAGUAUUUACAGAGCUCUGAAUGAGUUGGCGAUUGGGGGUAACUUAAAUAAAUAAAUAAACAAACAGAGAAAAAAAUUCUCAUACAUUCACUUUUAAUUUAGUUACAGUUCAAUAAUGGCUGAAAAACAUCUCAGAUCUUUAGCUCAUGUUUUACAAGGUAUUCUCCUGUUAAAAAACACUCAAAUCGCUAUCAGCGUGAUGUUAAUAAUACAGCUGAUAUUACUUCUCGACCAUAUUUACGAUUUAAACAUUAUUACUGCUGAGCUCAGUUUGCUAAGAACAGCUAUAAGCAUUUCAACUGUUUACCCACCUGUUAUGAGCGUGAGAAAUCUCCAUCUGGCAGCUCAAGCACAAAACGCCAUAAUUAUUUUUGAUAAUCAGGAUCAACGACUCUUAUGGGUAAACGCGUCUCAACAUGCGCUCCGUAAGAGUUUUUUCCGUUGUGUUAUUCCUCUUGGCUUUCUUAUUUCCAGAAGUUAUCCCGGCGGACAUUCAGGGUAAACUAGAGCUGGAGAAUUUCCAGAGAUCCCACAACGAUUCAAUAUCAGAUCUUAUUUUCCUGUUGGAUACUUCUGGAAGCUUAUGGUACUAUGACUACGCGAGCAAGUCGUCAAAAAUUGGCUUUGACGAUGAAAAGGUUUUCGUUAAUUCUUUAUUAAGCCAUAUUCGGAUCAGUUUACCGUCAACUCGAGUCUCCGUAGCUUUAUUUGGCACUGACGCUACGCUUGAUAUCAACUACGUCAGCAAUUUGAAAGCGAACAAUCACAAGUGUAACUUUAAGAAGAGCUUUCAGGCUUUGAAGUUUCGCUCGGGACUUACCAAUAUGCAUGAUGCAUUCCAGUACGCUUAUGAUAUUAUCUUCGGCACGUUGAGUGCCCAGAAAAGGCCAAACCAGUUGGCCAAAACAGCCGUUUUUGUUCUCACGGACGGAAUGUGGAACCGAGGUGGAGAUCCUUAUCCGGUUGCGAAAAAGCUGAAAGAUGGCAACAUUGAGAUCUUCUCAAUUGGAGUGACGAAUGGUGUCAACAUGAACGUAAUGCGGCAGCUUGCCACAGACAACAGCCACGCGUUUCAUUACAGCUCCUUUACUCAGUUUAGAGAGUUAGCGAAUUAUCUGCGAGGAGAUCCGUAUGAAAGGGACUGGGAACUUGGUCAGACAAGAAGUCUAUGUGGUUCAUGUGACAAUUUAGCAGAUUGCGCAUGCGGUCUUCUAAGUGGCGAAUAUAAGUGCUCCUGCUACCAAGGUUAUUAUGGAAGCGGAUACACUAACGACUGUCAUGAGUGCCCGUAUUCUACCUACAAAGACUUCACUGGCUUCGCUAAGUCCUGUAUUGCGUGCCCCGCCAACUCACGUCAUAGUAGAAUUGGUAGCAGCAGCCGAGCGCACUGUCACUGCAUUGAAGGAUAUGAAGGCAAUCCAGCUGGAUAUGUGGAAUGUAAAAUAAGAACGUGUGACCAGUUUCCAGUUCCCCCGAACGGUAUGAUCAAGGGCGGUCAGUGCAACCAAGAGUACCAGUCCACUUGUGAAUUGAUUUGUAAAACAGGAUACGAACUGAGUGGGAAUGGAAAAAGGACUUGCGGAAUCACUUCACUGGGUACAAUUAAGUGGAGCGGAAGUGAUCCACAGUGUAAUCAAAUUGUGUGUCAAGUGAUUCAAGUUACGAACGCAAAUCCUCCAAGUGGCACGUGUUCAAAGAAUGACUUAUCAUAUGGUACCACGUGCACAUUCAAAUGUGACCGUGGUCAUAUUUUACAAGGCAAUCCUGUGCGGCAGUGUCAACAAGAUAAGACUUGGUCAGGAUCUGAGAACACUUGUGAACCGGUAAAAUGUCCGAAGCUUAAUUCGAUCUCUCUGAGCCAGGUGACUCCUCCUGAAUGUGUGACCACAGAGUUGAAAUUUGACUCACACUGUGUAUUCAAGUGUCCACAAGGCUACUUUUUUGAGGGCACACAAGACAGGUCUACUUUGAGGUUCUGUCAGACAGACGGUACCUGGACUGGAGAGCACAAGCCUUGUGUAGACAGUGAACCACCGGUGAUAACUUGUCCCGAGGACAUAACAACCAACAACAGUCUUCACCAGGAUCACGCAGUGAUAACAUGGGUUGAGCCUGCAUACAGCGAUAACUCACUUGGCAUUGAUCCAUUGGCCGAAGUAACUGUUAGCAGCAACUUCAAGUCAGGACAGAAGUUUUUGAUCGGCAGCCACACAGUGCAAUAUACAGUGAGGGAUAGAGCCGGCUUAACAGCUAAAUGUUCCUUUGAUGUCGUGGUAUUAGAUAAUGAAGCGCCGUACUUUACAUCAUGCCCUGAAGACAAGUUGGUUAUAACAACUGGACAGUCGGAACGAGUGCAGUGGGUCAUCCCUGAAUUCCUGGACAAUUCUAAUAGAACACCACUUGUUGAAAACAACAAGAAUCCUGGAGCACAUUUCUAUAUUGGAGAGGUUUUUGUCUUUUAUGUGGCUAGAGACCAGUCUGGUAAUUUUAAUGACAGUUGUGCCUUCAAAGUGCACGUGAAAGCCAAAUCUUGUGAGAUAUACCCAGCUCCAAUAAAUGGCGCCUUAGCCUGUAACGCGUGGGGUGUUAGUAAUCGAUACUGUCAAGUCAGCUGUAACGAACAAUUCGACUUUGCAUUUCCACCUGCUCUCAACUAUCUUUGUGGAAACGGAAAGUGGACGACAAUACCACCGUCUCCUGUGCCAUGGCCAGACUGCUCCGUGCGUUACACACCUGGCAAAGCUCGCAUGGCUUUAGUUCCAGAGUUCUUCUAUUACUCUGGCGACUGCAACAGCCAAGAGGCACAAGACCAGAUCAAACUGAAUUUCGUCAAUUUACUCAGCCAAAUGUUUGUUCCAUCGAGUCUCUGCAGAGAUCACCCUGCCGACUGUACUGUUGAUAAUGUUAAUGUCUUCUGCGGAGCUACUACCUCGUCUAAACGUCGUCGACGACGAUCCGUUCGUGAGGUGUACGUCAGGGUCGAUAUUGUAGCGCAGGAGAAAGCAAGUGCUGGUUCACAAACGUUAUCACAGCUGGAACAAAUCCUGGACAAUGACGCUAAGCCCCUGUUGGAUCAACAGGCAAAGUCGUUUGAUUGGAGUCCAUUAAGAUCGUCAACUGAUCUUGAAUAUCAGACUUUCUCUAUCACAGACGCUGAGGCGUACUGCUCGGACGCUGGAGCUGUUGUGGGCAAGUGUGACUCACUUGAGACUGGCUGUGAUGGACUCACCAAGCCACACAGUUUGUGUCAAUGUAACAAGGACUCAGGAGCAAUUGAAAAGUGCAUCCGCUGUCCAAAAGGAACGUACUAUGAUUUAUUACAUGAAGAAUGUAUCAAGUGCUCACCUGGAAGCUACCAGAGCGAAGAGGGACGCUUUGAGUGCUACAAAUGCCCCGAGGGAACAUCCACUGUAGGAGAAGAUUCCAAGAACUUUACAGCUUGCAGAGAAAAGUGUAAGCCAGGGUUUUUUUCACCUAAUGGACUCGCCAAGUGCUUUCCUUGUCCAAGCGGGACUUAUGCAUCCGGUCUAAUGAACACAAACUGCACUUCCUGUCCAGCGGGUACAACCACUAUACUUCCGGCAGCAGGAGGACGAGAGGAAUGCGGAAUGAAAUGUGCCCCUGGUACGUAUUCAGAAAAUGGCGUAGAGCCUUGUGUUCCGUGUGCUAAGGGCUCAUAUCAAAGUGGGAUAGGAGCCCUAUCGUGUGCAGAGUGUACUGGUAGAAAGUCCACGUAUGGACCUGGAGCUGAUUCUGCAGAUAUGUGUGUAGCUAUUGACAACUGUUCGUCGAACCCGUGUAAUAAUGGCGGCACCUGUUCUGACUUAAAGGACGACAUCUUGUGUGAAUGUAAGCCAGGAUAUUCUGGAAAAUUUUGUGAAAGCGAGAAUGACGAAUGUUUGUCUGAUCCUUGUUACCAAGGAGCAACAUGUGUGGACAAGGUAAACGGCUACGAAUGCGUCUGCGCCCCAGGAUUCAGCGGUCUGCAGUGUGACAUUCCGUCGCAGGUUUGUGGUCCAAACGUUUGUCAGAAUGGCGCCAAGUGUGUUGUGCAACCGCCAGACUUCAUUUGUGAGUGUCCGUCUGGUUAUGGCGGAAAAUUUUGCGAAAUGAAAAUUGACCACUGCGUUUCAUCCCCGUGUCAUAAUUAUGCCACGUGUAAGAGUUUGGCCGAGGGAUAUCAGUGUUCAUGUAGACCUGGGUACGAAGGAGUGCAGUGCGAGAGAAACACCGAUGAAUGCGCUGGCGAUCCUUGUCAGAACAAUGGAACAUGUGUAGAUGGCGACAACAGGUAUACUUGCACCUGUAAAGCUGGUUUUACAGGAGUGCAGUGUGAAACGAGUAUCAAUGAGUGCUUGUUGGAACCUUGUCGUAAUGGCGGACAGUGUGUCGACAAGGAAAAUGGGUUUGAGUGCAUUUGCAAGCCCACCUACUCUGGAGCGACCUGCACUAAAAAAUUGUGUUUCGCGUAUGAUCUUUCCUUUCCUCACCGGGUUGCCACCUCCUCCUCAAGUGUGUCUAACAUUCCAGACAUGCAAGCUUUUACUAUUGCUUUCUGGCUUCGCACGGAUGACACAGAAAACCCGGGGACCCCCCUGUCUUACUCUAACGUGGUGGAAGGCAAACUUCAAGACAAUGCACUUGUAAUACAGGAUUAUGGCGCCUUCGAACUGCAUAUAAACAAUGAAAAGCUGUUCAUUGGGACGUCAGCUAAUGAUGGCAAGUGGAAUCAUGUGGCUGUCACGUGGGACAGCAAUGGAGGGAAAUGGAUCUUUUACAAAAAUGGACAAGAAGUGAAGAGAUACUCACAGGCCUUCCAGUCAGGAGCCGUGAUCCGUGGAGGAGGUGUCAUGGUGCUAGGUCAGGAGCAGGAUUCGUUAGGGGGCUCCUUCAGUCCUGAAGAAGCCUUCACUGGAGAUCUCAGCCAGUUAAAUGUAUGGGACAAAGUUCUCUCGCCCCAAGAUAUCUACAAUCUGGUGCGAAGUUGUCAUGGGAAACAAGGAAAUGUGAAGGCCUGGGCUGACUUCCGUGAGGGGCUUCAAGGAGUAUACGUGUUGACGUCCAAGCCUUUUGCCUGUUUAUUUACCAAUGCUCUCAGAGGCUUUUCAGCAAAACGGGACGCCCGUCUUGCAAACAACGAUGACAAAGUCUUGUCCGGAAAGACCGCUGAACAAUGUGCAGAUGCCUGUGAGAAAGAGAAUUCGUUUCCAUGCAGAUCGUUUGAUUAUGACAGGAAUGGAACCACGUGUUACCUCAGUAGGGAGGCCUCUGGUGAUGUUGGACUGACGCCAGUCAAAGGGUUUGACUACUAUCAAAUGAGCUGUACUGAAACACUUGGUGUACAAAGCAAGGCCAUCCCUGAUUCCGCCAUGACAGCAUCAUCAUCACUUGCCUCUAACAGUCAACCAAAGGUGGCACGGCUGUAUGCUCCACAGGCCAGCGGUCUACAAGGAGUCGUGGACAGCAGGGGUGGUUGGAGCCCGCAGACAUCUGAUCACCAGCAGUUUCUACAAAUUGACUUAAGUGAUGUAUACAAAGUAACAGGCGUGGCCACCCAGGGUGGGGAUGGAUUAUCGGAAUGGGUUACGUCAUAUAAGUUGCAAUAUACUGUGGAUGAUAGCAUGUGGCAAUACUACAGCCAGACUCUUUCUGGUAAUACAGAUUCCAACACAGUAGUUAAACAGGAAGUUCAAACCUUCACGGCUAAAAUGGUCCGAUUCAGGCCCCAGACAUGGAAUGUAAAGAUAACCAUGAGGGUUGAGAUGUACGGCUGUCUUGCAGAUCCAAUACCUCCACCACCCACCAUAGCUGCGUCUCGAAGAAAACGUAGAAAUGAAAUCCUUGCACGAAAACGCAGGGCAGCAGCAGGAGUAAAUGAAUGCAAUACAAGUCCUUGUAAAAAUGGCGGAAAAUGUUUUGACCUUUACUACGGCUUUAGAUGCCAAUGUACCAGUGGAUACGAAGGAGACACAUGCGAACUUGCUUCCGCGUGUAGCGAGGUAGGAGUCCCUCUCAAUGGUCAAAGGUCUUCAUCUAACUACAAUCAUGGAAGCACUAUAACAUUUUCUUGUAACGCUGGAUUCUCUGUCCAUGGCUCGGCCUCCAGGACCUGCAGCCAUGGACAUUGGAGUGGGACUAGGGCUGAAUGUAAAGACGUGGAUGAAUGCGCCGAAGGUCGUUGUACUCAGCAAUGCGUAAACACUCUUGGUGGUUUCAUGUGUUCGUGUAAUCCCGGUUACUCUUUAAACAGCGAUGGCACGACAUGUGAUGACGUGAACGAGUGUUCAUUAGGCUUGUGUAGCCACAGCUGCCAUAACUCUCCGGGAACAUUCCGUUGUUCCUGUCCCACCGGUAUGGAACUCGCCCCUGGGGGACGAUCCUGCCGAGACAAAGAUGAAUGCACUUCAAACAACGGUGGCUGUGAACAUAUUUGUGCAAACAGCUAUUUAAGCUAUGGUUGUCAUUGUCGUGGAGGAUACACCGCUGCAGUCGACAACAAGAACUGUAACGAAAAACUAUGUCCGUCCAUUACUGCUCCGGCCAAUGGCGCUGUAUCUAUAGCUGGUGACCCAAUUCUAGGAAAUAUCGCCACUUUCAAGUGUAAUGCGGGUUAUCAAUUAAAGGGAUCUCAAAAACGAAUCUGUUCAGCAAAUGGGCAAUGGUCUGGUGUUCAGCCGACAUGUAACGCCGGGCGGUGCAUCGACGUGGGAACAGUCAAAUAUGGUACUCGUCAGGGGAGUGGCACUAGUUAUGGAAGCAGUGUUAGUUUCUCGUGUAAUAGCGGAUAUGGUCUGGUAGGCUCCGCCCAGCGUCUCUGCGAACAAAAUGGAAUCUGGAGCGGACAACAGCCUAGAUGUGUUCGUGCUGACUGUCCACAAUUAUCCGCUCCAGCGGAUGGUUCGGUUGAAGGAUACCGUCGAGAAACAGGCAGCACUGUCCGUGUGUCGUGUGACAAAGGAUACAAAGUCCAUCCAGACAGUUCAUCGUUUAGGAGCUGCCAAGCGGACAAGCAGUGGUCUGGGGCUGAUCCAAUGUGUCAACUUAUAGACUGCGGUGAUCCAGGCACUCCAUGGCAUGGCUACCUACACGGAGCUGAUUUCCACUAUGGCAGCACGGUAACGUUUUCUUGCCGCCCCCAGCAUCACCUAGAAGGAGACACUCAACGAGUAUGUCAGGGAGAUGGCCAGUGGAGUGGACAGCAGCCCAAGUGUUUGGAAAGGUCAUGUGGAAAUCCUGGUUCGCCAGCGAAUGGGAUAAAGAUUGGAACUAACCAUACAUACGGCGCAUCCAUCCAGUUCACAUGUAAUCAGGGAUACACAUUGCAAGGCCCACAACAACGAACCUGUCUGACCACAGGCCAGUGGUCAGGCUCACAGCCAACAUGUCAGAUCGUGAGUUGCGGUGAUCCGGGGUCCUUGGCAAACGGUUUUAGAAUCGGUGACAAGUUUACUUAUGAGGAACGAGUAAUCUACGACUGUAAUGCUGGCUACAAACUUCAAGGAUCUAUCAUCAGAAAGUGUGAAGCCAAUGGUCAGUGGUCAGGCUCAACUGCUAGUUGUGUUGCGUCAAACUGUGGGAACGUUCUUCACGGCCCCUCAGGUUCUUUCCAAUCCUCCAACUUUCCAAAUAACUAUCCGAACAACGAGUACUGUACUUGGGAGAUUCAAGUACCUCAAGGAAAGAAGGUUCGUCUUGAGUUCGAGGAGCUAAGGACUGAAGAGAACAAAGACUUCGUGUUCGUUUAUGAUACAGGCAAAACCGAUCCGGUCGUAGCUUUCAGCGGUGUCAAAGACAAACCACGGGUAAUAACUUCCUCCGGAAACAGCUUAAGGGUCAGAUUCAUCGCAAACGGUGACAACUCUAACAAUGGAUUUAAAGUUUCUUAUAGACAGACAGACUGUGGAGGAAUACUGAUUAGCGAAACAGGAGAAAUACGCUCUCCUGGUUUCCCAAAUGGUUACCCUCCAAACCUGAGCUGUACAUGGCUUAUCUUCAUCCCCAACAAACAAAUCGGUCUGACACUGGACGAAUUUAAGACAGAAAAUGCUUAUGACCGUCUGGAGGUCGCUCAUGGACCCUGGGUAACCGCGCCUCUCGAGAUAGCCUGGAGCGGUCCCAGUCCACUAUCAGGCCAAGUGGUCACAACUCAGUACAUGUGGGUCCAUUUCAUAACCAGUGCGCAAGACAAUGGAGUGUACAAGGGAUUUCGUGCCACAUACAAACCAUACGUCCCUUACUCAAAGAAGAAAUGAACGAGAAUUAAUAAAUCAGGAACGUCAAAAUGUACUGUAGCUUGUAGAGUUAUCAAUUGAAACAAUGUAUGAUGAGCUGUGAAUAAAUAGACAUGACAUAUA